GAACAGGAUGUUGAUUACGACGCCUUCAUCAUAUACAGCUCUGCAGACGAAAAGUGGGUUUAUAAGAUUCUCUGUCCAAUUCUUGAAGAAAAACAUGGUUUGAGGUGUUGUGUUCACCAUAGAGAUUUUGUUGUUGGAAAACCGUUUCGCGAAAACAUGGCCGACAGUGUUUAUAAAAGCAGGAAAAUCAUUGCUGUUGUGUCCCGCAACUUUUUCAAAAGUAAAUAUUGCAGUCAGGAAAUGGAUAUGGCUUUAGGCCGAUCAUUGAAUAGAGGAGAUGACAGUGUUAUUGUGAUUAAAUAUGACGGUGUUGACACAAGGAAGCUUCCUAAAGCACUGAGGCAGAGAAGCUAUAUUGAUUACCCAAAGUUGAUUGAAAAGGAAAUGUGGGAGAGAAGGCUUAUCGACUGUUUAAAG